AUGGACAUAGACGCACUACACAAGCUCACACUUGCAGAGACAGAUGAGGCGAGUGUCACUGUCAACCAGCGCAGUCUCAUUGACAAGAUCCUCUCGCGCUACAGCUCAGAAAACACACUCUUGCGCGAGCUUAUACAGAAUGCAGACGAUGCAGAUGCACAGAGCGUCGUCAUCAGCUACGAAUCCAUCGUCGAGCCUGCAUCUGGUUUCCCUGAAGAUCUGAAUAAGCGCUUAACACGGCGCCUCACUGUGAAGAAUGACGGUCAAAAGUUCCGCUCUGAAGACUGGAUGCGCCUUGCGCGUAUUGCUGAGGGCAAUCCUACUGAUGGUCGCAUCGGAGCAUAUGGCGUGGGGUUCUAUGCAGUCUUCUCCCUGUGUGAUGAGCCCUUUAUCGUCUCUGGUGAUCAGUCGCUCGCCAUGUACUGGCGCAACGACCAGCUCUUCACACGCAAAGCCAAGCUACCCGUUGACGAUGACUGGACCACCUUUUCUCUCAACAUGCGCGAGCCUGUCGAAAUUCCACAACUCAAGGAUCUGACUCGCUUCCUUGCCAACGCGCUGACGUUCUCACGCUCAGUGUCAAGGAUUGAGCUGCGGCUCGACUCAACCUUGCUUUGUACACUCAAACGUGUUGCAUCGCCUGCAUCAGAAGUCUCUACAAAGGGUUUAACAACAGUAACGCAAGACAAGUAUCUACAAAUCACAAAAGUGGAGAGCGCAUCUGUGCAAAUCACAGCCACGUACGAAAACAUCACUCAAGCGGUACAGAAACAAGGCAUGGGCAGACUAUUUGGAUUUCUCAAGGAGACACCCAAGCCUGUUUCAGGAUCAAGCACUUCCAACAUCUUCCUGCGGGUCAUGACGGCACACCUGUCCUCGUCGCUCUCGACCAAUUUUGCAAAAGAGCUGCAACGCGCAACAAAGAAGCAGCCGCCAAAGCAGACUAAAGUACAACUUGUCUCUAUGAAUCGCGCAGAGCACGAAGCAUCUACUCCAGCUGCCAUUUUUGAAAACUUGCAAGCGUAUCCAGGACAAGGUAGGAUCUAUAUCGGUUUUCCGACGCAUCAAACCACGGGCUUCUCUGGUCAUGUCGGUGCACCGUGCUUGAUUCCCACUGUCGAGCGUGAGUCGAUUGAUCUGGUCGACCGGUUCGUCAAGCUUUGGAAUUUUGAAGUUCUUCGUGCCGUGGGUCUGCUCGCGCGGGUCGCCUACCACCACGAGUUUGCUAGCGUCAAGACUGAAGCGGACGCCACAUUUGUGACAACUUACUUCUCCAUUAAGUCAGCAACACCUUUGAAAGUUGACGCGCCUAUCGAGGACUCCUUCUUUGGGUCGUCCACCACAUUGCCACUCUACACAGCAAGCGGUGUGAAACCAAGCACACAAGUGCGGUUGCCGGAUCCGUCCAUCACGUUUCUCAAGGCCGUCCCUGUUUUGCCUCUCGUCAUGGCAAAACAGCCCUUCAUUCAGAAAAUUGCUCAACUUGGCAUGAUUGAACAUAUUUCUAUUGGAGACAUUCGGCAAGAUUUGCGUGAUCGUGUUCUGUCGCUAGAGGAAGGUAUCAGGUUCCUCAUGUACUGCAGCAAUCAGUCUGCUCGGAUGGAUCGAGAAGCGCUGCAAACACUGCUGAGUGCUGCCAUCAUUGGUGCACCCACGGCUAGCUUCAAUGCCGGUGCCAUCACGUCUUGGAGCAAUGCAAAGACUAUUCCUGUGGAAGCUCCGCUACCGCCUACGACGGUACCAUCCAGUGUGUCACAGAAGCUCAGUGCAGAUGUACUGACUUCCCUCGGCUGGUCUGAGUUACGCAUGCUUACAUGGAUUGAGCAUUGUGCAGCAAAGGAACCCUUUGGGCGUCCGCCACCUAUUGAGAAUGAUCCUCAAAUUGCAGCUCUUGUGCUUGCCACCUUUUCCAAGAAUUUCGAUCUCAUGAAUCCAGUUGACAAGGCGGAAGUGGUCAGACUGUUGCAACAGCGGAGUUGCAUGCCGACACGGAAUCACGGCUUACGUACGCCUGGCAGCACGUAUUUUGUGCAUUCAAAGAUGUUUGACGAUUUACCGUUGAUCCAAGUCAAGGGCGUAAAGGACAAAGUGCUCGCUGCGCUCGGUGUACGCCGUACGAUUGAGCUUGACUUGAUCUUCAAUCGUCUGGUCAGCGGUGGCGCUUGGUCAGCUUACGACUUGGUACAGUACUUGGCUUCUGUGCGCAACGAUAUCCCAAGGGAAGACAUCAAAAGGCUUCACGAUGCGAAGAUCGCAGAGAGCGAGACUUCAACGACAAAAUUCCGUGCUACCGACUUGUAUGAGCCCAAUGACACUUUGCGCAAGCUAGGCUUGCCCAUUAUCAAAUGGCCAGUAGACAAAUGGAAGUCGACAACUGAAGAGGCUAUUUUACUAUACUCUCUGGGUCUACGCAAGUAUCCCAAGCUCGACACGCUCAUGUCCACUGUCGGCACAACAAAGGAUGCGGCUCUGUACGAGCGCACUUUGCGGUACAUGGUAGCCAAUUUUGCCGUCCACGGCUACGGCGCUGAUUACACUUGGAACUCUGCUCAGCCGUUCUUGCCUUCCAUUUCAAACAAGCGCUUGCAUCCUCGCCAAGUCUUUGUCGAACCAGCUGCAGCGCUCUUUGGUUUUGAAGUCUUGCGAAGAGAUUUGGUGCCAAGCGCGGCACUGUUUGGUGUCAGACCGCUGCCUCUUGUUCAUGAAUUGCUAGAGAGUAUCGGCACCCAUCCCAGCAAAGAUCUCAACAUUGUGACACGGCAAUUUGAGCUCUUGGCAAGUCUUUCAGUACAGCACGGUGAUGUCAAGAAAUGGGCUGAUAAGCCGUUCAUACCUACUGCCAAAGGAUUUGCUUCACCAGAUCACUGCUUCUUUCGGAGUGAAAAGAUUGAGCCUUGGCUAGGUGAAGUCUUUGAGCUUGUUGAUUUUGGUCCUCAAGCCAAUCUCUUUCUCCGAACCAUGGGUGUACGCGAUCAACCAUCAACUGUUCAGAUUGCAGGUAUGCUUGUCAACGAUGCACAACACAUCUUCACCUUGUGUGGUAGUGAAUCACGGUACAAAUUACUUCUUCUCAAGAUUGCUCGCGAGCUUGAAACCAUCAAGCGGGACGGUCAUUUGUUCAGAAGCUUGCAACAGCGCAGCAUUUUGGUGGCCCACAAGUACAAAACCGGUGAUCAAGACGAUCUUAUCUUGACAUCAUUGCGCGCUGCUAAUGAGAUUGUGAUUGCUGACGAUUUCACUGCUUUCAACAUGUUCAAGGCUGAUGUCUACAGCUGCCCACAAGACAGCUACCUCGAAGAGUUCUACAUUUCAUUGGGUUGUGUCAGAUUGUCUUCGAUCGUUCAAGAUCAAGCUUUCCGGACAGGGAGCCCGCUUGUGAACGACAUGACCAAAGGCCUGCGUGCUGUCAUACUCGAGAGAGUCACCAUCUUCUUUGCCAAUAAUUCCAGCUCAAAGUCUAGUCGGAGCAUUGAAUGGUUGUCUAAGCAUCUUCAGGUCGCAACUAGUGAAAAAGUCUGGAUGCAACGCACAUUGGUCUCUCAGGGCAAGCGUAUAGCUCGAACCAAAAUUGUCACUGCUAUUGUCGACGGUACUUCUGGAAUCAUAAUCAGCGGCAGUCCAGAGAACUUUGAUAUUGCUGUUGCGCUCUGUCGCCUGGUCAUUGAACGGCCGAAACAGGCAGAUUCACUCAUGCUCGAAAGUCUUCUCAGCAACUCCCUCGAGUCGUUGAAGGCUAGAGGUUUCAAUGUUAAUCGUAUCCUGCAACGUCAAGAAGCGCUCAAACGUGAACGUGAAGAGCAACAGCGUAUCUUGAGUGAGCAAGACAAGGUUGCAGAAGCAGAGGCAAGAGAUCCUGUGCUAGAGCAGUCUUCACAGGAACAAAUGGCACCUGCUGCUCGUCAACAAGGCAGUCGUCAGCUGACUCCGCAAUCAGCACCCGCUCCUGUUCCUAGUGGAUUCUUCUCGACUAUCAGAAAGGGUCUGGGCUACUCGCAGCCAAAGCCAGAAUUGCCGCCACCAAUCUAUGAGCAGGAGAAUACAGGGCAAGCACAAGUCCUGCCAAAGCCCUUGCAGACAAAUCCUGUGCAGCCAGUGCAAAGCCAAGCAUCAAUAGAUGUGGCUCUCAACAAAGCCAUCAGAGCUACUCGCUCAUCGGAUGAGCCCUCUGUCUUUAGUCGUCCUCAAACAAACACAGUCAGCGAGGCAAAGACCUACUGCGAUGCCAAGCCAGCAACAGACCUUGUCAUUUUAUCAACACUCAACAAUGGUCUCAAGCUGUUCAUCACGAGAGGACUUGAUGGUGACCUGAUUUUUGGUGGCGAGCUCGCCAACGCUGCCGCCAAGUUUUCUGUCAUGCUUGAGCGCCUUGCAAGGUGUUUUGGCUGCAACGCAUCAGCCAUCAACCUGUUUUACGAUCAAGCUGGGUCUACGAUCGCCUUCAACAAGGCCGGCACAAUUUACUGCAAUUUGCGCUACUUUCACCAAUUGGGCCAUGCGACUCAUGCAGACGGCAAGUCGUACUGGUACGUCACCCUGGCUCAUGAGAUUGCCCACAAUCUGGUCGCUGAACAUUCGAGCGCGCAUGAGUUUUACACUGAAAGUCUAGUCGUGGCUCAAUUACGCAAAUUGAUUGUGUACAUGGAAGAACCAUGA